ACCCAACAAAUAAAAAGGGAAAACAGAAUAACAGUCAUGCUCACGAACUCAAAUAAAUAAAUAAAAUUAAAAAUAAAAAGAGAAGAGAAGAGAAAAGAUAAAGUAAUUUACAUUUCUGCAGCAGAAUCUCCCUUUCAAUUUCCAAGAGUUUUUUGAUCCGUAAAAUAUUUGGAGGUACGUAAGAGCUUUGUAAUUGUGGGUUGAUCUCGUGGAAGCUUAGGUUAGGGUUUUCUAAGGAUCUGUUCAAGAGAUCGAUCGAUUUUCGCGAAAUCGAUCGAUCAUGUUAUCGAAUCAUUUUGAAAAUGGAAUGGAUAUGGCGAGGCUUGCUUGGUCCCGGCUUCCACAUUCAGAAGACGGUGAGCUUGACGGAGUCGGAUUAUUGAGUACUUCAAGCAAUAGGAACGGCGUCGAGAGCCUUGAUUACGAAGUUAUUGAAAAUUACGCCUAUCGAGAAGAACAGGCUCAAAGAGGAAAGCUUUUUGUUGGAUAUAACGUGGCCGUUAAGUGGUUCUUCGCUUUGCUCAUCGGCAUCGGUACUGGGUUAGCUGCUGUAUUUAUCAAUAUUUCUGUCGAGAACUUUGCUGGAUGGAAGUUUGCAUUGACUUUUAACAUAAUACAAAAGUCAUAUCUGGCUGGGUUUUUAAUGUACAUCUUAAUCAACUUAGCUUUAGUCUUUUCUUCUGUAUAUAUCAUCACCCACUUUGCUCCAGCAGCAGCAGGAUCUGGUAUUCCUGAAAUCAAGGGUUAUUUGAAUGGAAUUGAUAUUCCCGGUAUCCUUCUUUUCAGAACUUUAAUUGGAAAGAUAUUUGGAAGUAUUGGUUCAGUUGGAGGUGGUUUAGCUCUGGGCAAAGAGGGACCUCUUGUCCAUACUGGUGCUUGUAUUGCUUCUUUACUUGGACAAGGUGGAUCCACAAAAUACCAUCUAAGUUCCAGGUGGCUUCAAGGUUUCAAGAGCGAUCGGGAUCGCCGUGAUCUUGUGACCUGUGGCUGUGCAGCUGGAGUUGCUGCUGCUUUUAGAGCUCCAGUUGGGGGUGUAUUAUUUGCAUUGGAGGAGGUUACAUCUUGGUGGAGGAGUCAACUAAUGUGGCGUGUCUUUUUCACUUCUGCGGUUGUGGCUGUUGUGGUGCGUGUUGCUAUGGGAUGGUGUAAAAGUGGAAACUGUGGACAUUUUGGUGCUGGUGGCUUUAUUAUAUGGGAUAUAUCAGAUGGUCAAGAGGACUAUUCUUUUGAGGAAUUAUUGCCAAUGGCAGUUAUUGGAAUCAUUGGGGGUCUACUAGGAGCUUUGUUUAACCAACUUACUAUUUAUGUAACUCGCUGGCGUCGUAAUUAUUUGCACAAGAAAGGGAAUCGAGUUAAGAUAUAUGAAGCUUGCCUUAUCUCCGUUUUAACGUCAGUUAUAUCUUUUGGACUACCGCUACUAAGAAACUGCAGUCCAUGCCCUGACUCAGAUCCUGGCUCUGAAAUUGAAUGUCCAAGGGCUCCUGGAGCGGAUGGGAAUUAUGUGAAUUUCUACUGCGGUAAGGACAAGGAAUACAAUGAUCUUGCAACUAUUUUCUUCAAUACUCAGGAUGAUGCCAUCAGGAAUUUGUUUAGUGCAAAAACAAUUCAUGAGUUCAGUGCUAAAAGCUUGUUGACAUUUUUGGUUAUGUUUUACACCUUAGCAGUAGUAACAUUUGGUACUGCUGUUCCAGCUGGUCAAUUUGUUCCUGGAAUAAUGAUAGGAUCAACGUACGGCCGUCUUGUUGGUAUUUUCACUGUUAACCAUUACAAGAAGCUCAACAUUGACGAGGGAACAUAUGCGCUUUUAGGAGCUGCUUCAUUUCUUGGGGGUUCUAUGCGUAUGACAGUAUCUCUGUGUGUCAUAAUGGUCGAAAUCACAAAUAACUUGAAACUUUUACCUCUUAUUAUGCUUGUUCUUCUCAUAUCUAAGGCUGUUGGUGAUGUUUUCAAUGAAGGUUUAUAUGAUGAACAAGCACGAUUGAGGGGCAUUCCGUUGCUGGAAUCAAGACCCAAGUAUGUGAUGCGGAAAAUGACUGCCAGGGAAGCCUGUGGGAACCAGAAGGUUCUUUUGCUUCCUCGGGUUGUAAAGGUUGCAGAUGCUGUUUCCAUUUUGCGGAGCAAUAAACAUAACGGCUUUCCUGUGGUUGAUCACACGAGAGAUGGAGAACCUCUUGUUAUUGGACUUAUGCUUCGAAGUCACCUACUGGUACUUCUUCAAUCCAAGAUUGAUUUCCAGCAUAGUCCUUUACCUUCUCAUUCCAGAAGCGGAUCCGGAGCAAUUAGGCAUAAUUUCAGUGAAUUUGCUAAACCUGUUUCGAGUAAAGGAAUAUCAAUAGAUGAUAUUUAUCUUAGUUCAGAGGAUUUAGAAAUGUACAUAGAUCUUGCACCAUUUUUGAAUCCUUCACCGUAUGUAGUACCCGAAGAUAUGUCUUUAACCAAGGUCUACAAUCUUUUCCGCCAACUAGGAUUGAGACACAUAUUUGUUGUUCCUCGUGCAUCUCGAGUGAUUGGUGUAAUCACUAGAAAGGAUCUGCUGAUUGAGGAGGAAUCUGAGGAUUCAGCUACAAUGGAGCUCCAAUCAACUAGUAGGUCAGCGACAUAAGACAAGAUUGUUGGAAGAGAAUGGUGCAGAUGCAGAACGGCCACUUCUGAAUGGUCUUUUGGUUCAAAAUCAAAGGUAAAAGAUCAUUAACCUGCUUCAUUCUUCUAUUCUUUUUUGGUUCUACCAUUUGUGUCCCUCAUAUCAUAUUCUUUCUUUUUCUACCUAAAUUUACCCAUGAGUCUCACGGUCUGAAAUUUUGUAUCAUCAUAUUUAUUAAAAUGUUAUCAAAUGAAAGAAAAUUGAUGUAUUUUUGCAUUUUUAUGUGCUAAUGAUGGGCUAGUUGUUUUCUUCUACUUUUUUGGUUUAAUACUUUUUGGGCACCAAUUUUAGGGUUGGAUCCCAAUGAGAUAAAUCCACCCAAUAUUUAUUUUUCCUAGUUCACAAAAAAACUGAAAUACACUUUUCUAAAAAGGGUUAGAGUCUAGAUUUUUAACUCCGAGUUAAAAAGUUAAUAUGUUACAUUUAUUUUAUAUAUUUAUUUUUAAAACUUUUAAAAUUUAUAUUUUUAUAUAUUUAACUCCACAAGUAAGGCGGGAUGAGCUGACGAUAAGUGUCAUAUAGGAUAAAUGUAUAAAAGAAAUGAAACAUUAAUUUUUUUAAUUUUACUUGUAGAGUUCAAAGGUUUAUUGGCGUGUACUAAAUAUUAACCUUUAAAUUUAACCAAUUUCUUAAUAGACAUAAAUAUAAUUUGGCUUAAUUCAUUAUUUGACUUUUGAAGUUUACUUGUUUUCUUAUUUAAGUUUUUUUUUUUUUGUGUUACAUUUAGGUAUCUAAAGGGUUCUUUUGUUAUAGUUUUUAGGGAUAAUGGCAGAAAUUACUCCUGGUACUUUGUCAAAUUUUUCAAUGUGGUACUUGUACUUUCAAUUUAUCCAAUUUGGUACUUAUAUUUUUGUUUUUCUCACUUUGGUACUUCAUCCAAGACGUGUUUUGACAUGUGGACCUGUAAUGAAGUGACACUUGGUGAUGUGGACCACACAAUUUUGAAUUGGCAAGUGACUUAUUAGAAAA